AUAAUGUUUACAGUCGGAAUACACAAAAUCCGUCGGCGGAAUCGGACGCAGUUCCCGGGGCUCGUUUGGUUGCGAACGUUAAGCAGCAGUUCUGGUCUUGCCGUCGACGGGGGCUGUGCGAGCGCUGCUGCUCCCGGAAAGCCAAAGAUAGCUGCCCUCUGCUUCCCGCAUCGCCCAGCGAGAGGAUGUUUCUGCUACGUCUGGGCCUACUCCUGCCGGCGCUGACCCUAGGCACGACGCAUGCCUCCGGCGCGUCCGGACGGCGCUGCUGCGAGGAGGGCAAGGGCUGUGCCGGCGGAGGCAUCGUGGACGUCUUCGAGCCCCCUGUAAGCCCUUCGCUGGACGUCUCCUGGUCAUUCCAUCCCCUCCAGUGUCCAGAGGGCUACAGGAAGCACCAAGUGGACAUCGAAGAGGACUCCCUGGUCCCACGCCAGGCCAGUUUGGAGCUGAGGUGGAUGGAUGUGUUUUGGAGGAGGACGACCGAGUUCUGCGUGGCGGUCAACUUCACCGGGAAAUACAUCGCGUUUCUGUGCCGUCCGGAUGUUCAGAAGGUAUGCAAGACGAAGCAUUGCGUCCAAAUGUGUUGUGCUGAGGGCAAUUUCUUACGAGAUCGCGAGUGCGUCCGGAGUGAAUCUCCACCGGGAACACAGGCUGAUGACGUGCACUUCGUCGUAAGCACCCCGAAGUGCGACUCCUCUUCCCAGUUCCUCACUGCCCGCGACUUUAUUGACGGCGAAAACGAGUUCAACGUGAGCGGAGAUGGCGCACUUUCCUUUCCCAGCGAUGAUGACUCGUAUGAAAUAGGAAGGUACUGCCUUGCCCGUAAUGAGAAUGGAACCACAGACAGAGCCAUCUAUUGCGCCCGUCAACUGAGCGAAUUGUUGCAGCAGAAGAACCAAGCAGUAAAGAUAUGCUUAAUAGUGUCGUGCGUGUUUCUGGCCCUGACGAUCUUAAACCACGGGCUCACCAAGAAGCUGCGAGAUGUUCAAGGACUCUGCUUCCUCUUCCACAUGAUGUCGCUCCUGGUGGCCGACGCAGCGCUCAUCUGCUCAACUUGGUUCUCCAAACACAUCUCGCUGACACACUGCAUCAUAAAUGGUUUCAUCUUGCAGUAUUCCUUUUUAGCGACCUUUGCUUGGAUUAAUGUCAUGUGUUUUGACAUAUGGCGCGUGGUGAAAGCGACUGUGAGUUUGGUGCCGCUGAGUGACAUCUUGGCGAGCGACGCGAAGAAGUUCAGAAUAUACUGCGCACUUGCCUUUGGUCUGCCUCUUGCCAUUGUCGCCGUGACAGUUGUCCUGCAGGUCCUGCCGACGAACCUCCUCCCCGAGAACAGCUUCUUUCGCCCCAAUCUUGGGGUCGGGACCUGCUGGUUUCCCGGAUACUCAGGAAGGCUGUUGUAUUUCUUCGGCCCAAUCGGAGUGUUUUCUGUGGCGAGCCUGGCAUUUCUCGGACACACCCUCGCCAUGCUGCUGCAGACGGGGAGCGUGUGCACCUGCUGUUCCAAGAAAGCCCCAGUAACAGCGUUUAAUCGGAAUCAUCUGGAAGCAUUCUGGCAGCGCUUCAGUCUGUUCUGCGUGUCUGUGCUCUGCUGGGUGACCGAGUUCCUCUCCUUCCUCAUUCAGGCGCCAGAAAUUUGGAUUGUGACAGACAUCAUCAACUCCCUCCAAGGCGUCAUCGUUUUCUUCAUUUUCAUCACAAGCAAGAAGAAGCGACGCAUUGUUUUCCAGUCGUGGGAGAGCACCGUGUCCUCGGUCGUGUCGCGAGCUUCCAAGACCUUCUCGCGGAGUGACUCGGCGGGGAGUGCGUCGUGAACGCUCGGGAUGAGAAAAGAAGGGAAAAGGAAAAUAUUAGGAAGUAAAUGAGGGGAAGGCAAAUAUCAGGAAGUAA